CUGGACGCCUGCGGGGAAAGCGCGCAGCGGCGCGGAGGUUCGGAGCGGGCGUCCGGGUGCCAUGGGGGACCCAGGGCGCGCGGCGGGCGGCGCCGGGGACGAUUUCCUCAGCCAGUUCGCGGCCGAGCUCGAGGUGCUGGCCGAGCUGGAAGGGACGGCGGCCCCGUACCUCCCCGCGGGCGCUCGGCCCCGGCCGGCGCUCCAGGAGGCCGCUGCCGGAGGGGACGCCGGCGCUCCCCGCUCUCCUGACGGGCAUCCGGGGACACGCGAGGGCGCAGCCACCAAAAGGCCGCUGGACCCCCACGUCGGGCCGGUCGGGCCCCUGCCCCCCAGUACGUCCGCAGGGGACCGCGGCGCAGGGUGGGGUGUGGGGCCGCGGCCGUGCCUCCCUUCCUCCCGUGUCUCCCCAGCCCCCCGAGUCAAGCGGCCCAGGCUGGAGGCUGUCAAGAGGCUGAACUUUGGGCCCGAUGACUCGGAAGAGCCGCCCCUUCCCGACUCCCCCCCUGGGGGCAUCACACCCCCGCUGAGUCCCGAGGCCCCCCACGAGCUGUGGGGUGACGGGCUCCCAGACGCGGGGGUCACACGGGCCUCCCCAGCCACCCGCGGUGCCGUUCUGAGGCGGCCCCCAGUCCUGGAGGACUAUGUCAGCGUGACCUCCACGGGAGGCAGCCGGGCGUUUCUGGUGCUGGGGGCCGACCCCACGGGCACUGGGGUGCAGAGCCCUCUCCUUAGCUUUGACGUCCAGUGGCGCUGCCAUGGCCAGCUAAACCUGCUGGGUGUGUCCUUUACCUCCCUCAAGGAGCAGGUGGACAGCGAGCGGCGGCAGCGACUGUUUGAGGAUGCCCAGCGGCUCUCAGACACGCUGAACAGCCUCAGAGAGGAGGAGGCUCAGCCCUUGCGGACCCCCGAGGGGGAGCCGGUGGACAGCCAAGCUGCGUCCCAGCACUGCCUCUGGGUGGACACAUUCGCGCCCCGGCGCUACACAGAGCUGCUCAGUGAUGACUUCACCAACCGCUGCCUCCUCAAGUGGCUGAAGCUGUGGGACCCGGUGGUGUUUGGCAGAGAGAGGCCCGCCCGGAAGCCCAGGCCCAGUGUGGAGCCAGCCCGGGUUGGCAAGGAGGCCACAGCCUCCAGCAGGUGGAAGAGCCACCAGCAAGUGCUGGAGGACAUGCUGGAGGCCGAGCCGGACCCAAGCCAGCGGCCCCGGCAGAAGGUGGCACUGCUGUGUGGCCCCCCUGGGCUGGGCAAGACCACGCUGGCCCAUGUGAUUGCACGGCAUGCUGGGUACUCCGUAGUGGAGAUGAACGCGAGUGACGACCGCAGCCCUGAGGCCUUCCGCAUGCGCAUCGAGGCAGCCACGCAGAUGGAGUCGGUGCUGGGUGCCGGCGGGACUCCCAACUGCCUGGUCAUUGAUGAGAUUGACGGAGCCCCCAUGGCUGCUGUCAACAUACUCCUGAGCAUCCUGGACCGGAAGGGCCCGCAGGAGGCAGAGCCAGGGGGUCUGGCUGUGCCCACGGGCGUGGGUCGGCGGCGCUGGGCAGGGGGGGGGCUCCUGAUGAGGCCUGUUGUCUGCAUCUGCAAUGACCCGUUCGUGCCCUCUCUGCGGCAUCUGAAGCAACAGGCCUUUCUGCUCCACUUCCCGCCCACCCUGCCAUCGAGGCUCCUGCAGCGGCUCCAGGAGCAGAUCUGCCUGCAGCAGGGCAUGCAGGCUGACCCGGGUGCGCUGGCAGCCCUCUGUGAGAAGACGCACAAUGACAUCCGGGCCUGUGUCAACACCCUGCAGUUCCUUCAUGGGCAGGGCCAGCGGGAGCUGAGUGUGCAGGCCGUGCAGACCACGCGCAUUGGCCUCAAGGACCAGCGCAAGGGACUCUUCUCCGUGUGGCAGGAGGUGUUCCAGCUGCCGCAGGCCCAGCGGCAGCGUGGCGGCCCAGACCCAGCCCUGCUGUUCCCCACGUUCCUGCUCAAUGGUGGGCCCAUGGGCGGGGGCCCGCAGGCCGCGGAGCGGCCUCUGACCUUGGCUUCACAGCGCCUCUACCGCAUCCUGCAUGUGGCUGCCUCCGCAGGGGAGCAUGAGAAGGUGGUCCAGGGCCUGUUCGACAACUUCCUGCGCCUGCGGCUACGGGACUCCAGCCUCGGCACUGUGUGCACGGCCCUUGACUGGCUGGCCUUUGACGACAUGCUGGGCCGGGCCGCCCACCGUGGCCAGAGCUUUCAGCUGCUGCGCUACCUGCCCUUCCUGCCUGCCGCCUUCCACCUGCUCUUCGCCUCCAGCCGCACGCCGAGAGUCGUCUUCCCCAGCAGCCAGCAAGAGGCCCAGAGCCGGACCAGCCGAAUGCAGAACCUGAUCCAGACGCUGGUGUCGGGCAUCGCGCCGGCCACCCGCAGCCGGGCCACACCCCAGGCCCUGGUCCUGGACACGCUCUGCCUGCUUCUGGACAUCCUGACGCCCAAGCUGCGGCCUGUGAGCACUCAGCUGUUCAGUGCCCGCGAGAAGCAGCAGCUGGCCAGCCUGGUGGGCACCAUGCUUGCUUACAGCCUCACCUACCGCCAGGAGCGCAUGCCUGAUGGGCUGUAUGUCUAUAGGCUUGAGCCGAAUGUGGAGGAGCUCUGUCGCUUUCCUGAGCUGCCCACCCGCAAGCCCCUCACCUACCAGGCCCAGCAGCUCAUCGCCCAUGAGAUCGAAAUGGAGAAGAUGCGGCGGGCAGAGGCCCGGGCUAUGGGCAGCCCCCAGCAGGUGGACGAGGGGCCCCUGGGGAACGAGGGUCUGCAUGGGGGUGCUGAGGAGGAAGGACUGCAGUCAGCUACCCUGUGCAGCCACAAGCAGCGGCUGGAGCGCAUCGUGAAGAGAGUGGGCGUGGAGGAGCAGCCCGAGAGGGAUUUCUUCGGUCGCGUGGUUGUCAGGAGAGCAGCAACCCUGAGUGCAGAGGACGCAACCCCCGAGAUCGACACGGCGGAGCAGCGCAUGGGCACGGCGGUGGGCCGGAGUGACGUCUGGUUCCGUUUCAAGGAGGGCGUCUCCAACGCCGUCAGGCGCGGCCUGUACAUCAGGGACCUGCUGUAGCCGGGGCCGCACCGGCACCGGGAUCUGCUGGGCCCGUCCACACGGGACGCCAUGAUCCUCGCCAGACGCCCCAGGGCCCACACCUGAUGCCACUCGCUGUUCACUAGGAACACACCAGAGCAUCGCGCCUGUGAACAAUCUUUAUAAAAGCCACACCUUCACAGAGCCGUCCUGAGAGCUGGUGUGAGGCGGGGUGGGCCUCAGAGGAUAGCACACUUGCCCUUCUCCACCCACGGGUUGUUCUUCAUCAGGUCGGGGUUCAGGAAGGGGUCCUUGGGGAUCCCAUCCUCGAUCCACUUGAUGAGCCUGUGGGUGUCAGGGGGAGUGGGCAGGUGGGCAGCCAGUCCCCAGAAGUGCCCAGUGGCAAUGUGUGGGUGUGGCCUCGGCUCAUGCAAAUGUGCAGAGGCAGGGAAACGAGAUGCAAGACGACGGCUGAGGGCGGGGCCGGGCUCCUGGGGUCCUGGGGACUCACUCUGGGAUGGUCUUGGACGACACCUCCCUAUUGAAGGCCAGCUGGUGCUUGAGGCUCUCGACCUCCUUCUUCAUCUGGGGCACAUCCCACUCCUCCAUGGCAUCUGGGGCUUCUGCAGUAGCCAGCCUGGGGCUAGAGGGCAGGGGAGGGAGCACUAGCGAGGGGCCAGCCUGCAGUUGCGCCCUAGAGACCCUCCCAACAAAGGGAAGGAGGGAACCACCCCUUUGUACACUGACUCCCAGCUCACUGCCACCCACCCGUCUUCCCCAGGUUCUUGUGGCAGUGCUGGGGUGCAGGGCCGGAAGCUCAGGCCCCACUAAUGAGGCCCCGUGUGUCAUCUCUCUCAAGGGGCUAAUACACUGUGAAGGAAACGACUCUGAGCUCUACCUCACCCCACUCCCGUCAAAGUCUUACAAGGGCCAGACCUCUGGCUGGGAGAGGGGUGGGGCAACACCCUGCCUCGAGCUAGAGGAGGGCACUCAGCACAGACCCCCCAGACCCCAGCCACGUUCCCACUCCUGGGUGCACAGGGCAGCCCAGACCUUCACGGGAGGGGUGGGGCCUGCCUGGCCCCCUCCCCGUGCUCCCUGCUGGUCUGCAUGGGCCAAGCCCACCCCAAGGGCACGGUAAUCCUGGGGCCCAGAAUUUGCCUGCAAUUUGCAUCUCUGGUGGGGGGGGCAUGCUGAGGAUUUAGGGGGUCACAGGUUGUGCAGCAGGUCCAGGGCUCGGAACAGCUGUGGCCGCCUGUGCCUGGGAGCUCCCCCAGAACUACGCACAUGCCGCCUGGCCCAGUUUCUGCUUGUGAGCCAGCUCGGCAGAGCCACCGGCGACCUCCCAGGAGAUCCAGCCAGUUGGGGACAGAUGCGGGCGGAUCUCACCCUGCCUCCCCCACCCUGGCCGCUGCUCCCACACCAAUGGAGCCAGACGACCAGCUUCCCUGACCGAGGGGGCGGACGAGGGCUGGCAGGAGCUGUCUCCCAUCUUGGGACAGUCACCAGGGGUAGCCCUCCAGGCUGGUGACAGUGGCUGGUGGGGCACAGGAGUGGCCGCUGGCAGAGGGUGUGGGAGCGCUCAGGGAUUAGGGCCUACAUCUGGGGGUGGGUAGUGAACAAGGGAUGCAGGUGCUCCCCUCACACCGCAACUUAAGCAGCCUCACCUGGGUGGGGGCUUGGCCCUGCACUGGAACAGCCACGUGGGUGGGGCCUCCUGGGCCCAAGGGUCCAGCCACCCUGCACACAGCCCCUUCCGCCGCCUGGCACUACCUGCCCUAUGGGGCGCCCUGCACUGGGUGGGCUCAGCGGGGGGUGCCCUGCACACGGUCGCGCUACCCUCCUGGUUGGCUGCCCUGCGCCUGCC